AUGAUGCCAGAUUAUGGUAGUGAUGAAAAAACAGAUGAAUUAUUUCCAACGGAAUCUUCAUCUAUCACUUCAAAAACAUCAGGAAUAUCUAACAUUGAAGUUAAUCGACUUGGUGGUGCAUUCGUAAAUGGACGUCCACUUCCACUUCGGUUACGUUACAAAAUUAUUGAAUUAACAAAACGUGGUUUUCGACCGUGUGAUAUUUCACGACGAUUAAAAAUUUCACACGGUUGUAUUAGCAAAAUCUUGUCACGUUAUGCGGAAUACGGUACAAUAAUGCCUGGUACUGUAGGUGGUAGUAAACCACGUGUUACAACUCCUGCGGUAGUUGAAUAUAUAUGUCUUUUGAAACUUCGUAAUCCUCGAAUUUUUGCUUGGGAAAUUCGAGAACAACUACUGCACGAUAAAGUAUGCCAUAAGCAUAAUUUACCAUCAGUGAGCUCCAUUUCUAGGAUUCUCAGAAAUAAAUACAUCCCUCCAACCAAUGAUUCGUGGUGCUUACCAUCCUCAUCAAAAGUUUUAACAAUGAAUGCUACUUCUCCUCAAUUCUUUCCAUACUCAUCAAUGUCAUCAGAAGAAGUGAGAUCAGAAUCAGCAAAUGAAUGCAGUUGGUUAAAUAAUGAAAGAUUUUCUCAAGCAAUUGAUCAAACUUCAAGUGAUUUUGUGCAUGCUGAUUGUACGAUGAAUCCUUACAAUAUGCCAAUUAGCUUAUCAUAUUGCGAGAUACCUUCAUAUAGAAAUCAUUUUCCCACUGGUAAUUUUAACGGUGAUCAACGAAUUCUUCUAUGA